AUGGCAGAUGAAGACAAACAAAACAGUGAAAAUGUCAAAGCGGUUGCCAUAUCUGAAGAUACUGACCGAGGUGUUGCUCCUAUUAAACCUCAAUAUUUAACUACCAAGGAGCACUUCCAUGAAUACCUUGAUGCUGAUGGUAAAGAAGUUACGGAAGAGCAGAGUAACAGAGCCGGAGAGAAUGAUGACAGUAAUCAUUUCACGGAUGAACCUGUUGCAAAACAGAUUAAACUGGAUGAUUCUGCAAAGGAGAGGGAAGAGCAGAAUAAGACUGCAGAGGACAAGACAGAGAAGAAAAGAGCCAGAGGCCAGAACAAAAGUCGCCCUCAUGUGAAAUAUAAUCAGUAUGAACAGCAACGGUUGUGUCCAUCAGUCACACAGGAAUGUGCCAGCAAAUGCUUCUUUGGUGAGAAAUGUAAGUUUUUACACGAUGUGAAGAAAUAUCUGUCAGAGAAGCUGGAAGAUAUUGGUCCCAGGUGUCACCUCUAUGAAACAUUCGGCAAAUGCAUCUACGGUGUCUCAUGCCGCUUUGCCAAAUCCCAUUUGGGAGAGGAUUUCAAGAACCUCAUUAACCAGGAACUGGUCAAGCAGUGGGAAGGCAAAGCCCUGGUUAGGAACGGCCUGAACAAAGAUCUCCAGAUGCAGCUGCGGAAGAGGAAGGUUCAGUUUGACAAAGCUGACAAGUUCCUGAAGCAUUUCAACAAAUCCCAAAAACCUACUCUCAGUGUGACAACGACCAGCUCGGGUCAUCAACAGACUGCUCCUUCCAGCACUGAUUGUGCUAAACAGGUUUCAGAUGAUGGAGAAAUGAAAACUGUAUCAGUGACAUCAGGAGCUCUAACCGAUGAAGAUAUUAUAAAGCUUAGACCUUGUGAAAAGAAAAAGAUUGAUUUCCGAAAUAAACUCUACCUUGCACCAUUAACCACAUGCGGCAAUCUCCCAUAUAGAAGAAUAUGCAAGCGACUUGGAGCAGACAUCACAUGUGGAGAGAUGGCCAUGUGUACAAACCUCCUCCAGGGUCACUCUUCUGAAUGGGCACUGGUGAAGAGGCAUCACAGCGAGGACCUCUUUGGAGUACAGCUAGAGGGCGCUUUUCCUGACACCAUGACUAAAUGUGCUGAGCUGCUGAACAGGACCAUCGAUGUGGACUUUGUGGAUAUCAAUGUUGGAUGUCCGAUAGAUUUGGUGUACAAUAAGGGUGGUGGUUGUGGAUUAAUGACUAGAACUAAUAAAUUUGAACAGAUUGUUAAAGGAAUGAAUUCGGUUCUGGAUGUUCCACUGACCGUGAAGAUCAGAACCGGAGUCCAGGAGAAAGUCAGUUUGGCUCAUAAGCUUAUCCCAGACCUGAGGGAAUGGGGAGUUUCUCUGGUCACUCUUCACGGCAGAUCCCGAGAGCAGCGAUAUACAAAGCUCGCAGAUUGGGAAUAUAUUAGCCGUUGUGCCAAGAUUGCAGAUCCACUACCUUUAUUUGGAAACGGGGAUAUAUUCUCCUUUGAGGACGCUAAUCGAUCGUUGCAGACUGGGGUUUCAGGAAUUAUGCUGGCAAGAGGUGCGCUGGUAAAGCCUUGGCUGUUCACAGAGAUUAAAGAGCAGAGGCACUGGGACAUUUCCUCAUCAGAGAGAUUUGAUAUUCUCCGAGAAUUCACCAACCACGGCAUGGAGCACUGGGGCUCGGACACACCGGGGGUGGAGAAAACAAGGCGGUUUAUGCUGGAGUGGCUCUCCUUCCUCUGCAGGUAUAUUCCUGUUGGCUUACUGGAACGUCUGCCACAGAAGAUCAAUGAGCGACCGCCCUACUAUAUGGGAAGAGACCACAUGGAGACAUUAAUGGCAAGUCAGAAUGUGGGAGACUGGAUAAAGAUCAGUGAGAUGCUGCUGGGACCCGUUCCUGCAAACUUCACCUUCCUCCCAAAACACAAAGCAAAUUCUUACAAAUGA